AAAAUAAAAAGAUACCCCACAACAAUAUACAGAAUCUUCUCUACUGUUCCCCUUCCUUCAAUCCUCCUCUUCUUCUUUCAUCAUCAUCACCUCUCUCUCUAAACAUUCCACCGUCUCUUUCUAUAAAAUCGGUUCAAACAGAUCUCUUCUCAGGUUUCUUACAGCUCACUCUCGACAGGGUUUUUGUCAUGACAAGUUUUUCUUUCCAAGUUUAAAGAUCGAGACUUUUAACUUAAAAGAUCGAAUUUAAUUUAUCGGGAGGAAGAUGGGUUCGUUAGGAGAUGAGCUUAGUCUAGGAUCAAGAAGACCCACUUCGAUACCGACAACGAUCUAUGGGUUUCCGACAAAAGCUUAUAAGAUCAUGAAUGUUGAAAAGCUUGAAGAAGAGAAGAUGAAGAUCCAAGGCAGUGAUCUUGAUCUUCCUCUUUGUUUGCAGAUCUUAAACGAUGCGAUUUCAUAUUUGAAGGAGGAGAGCAAGAGAUGCUCAGAGAUGGACACUCAGCCAUUGUUGAGAGAUUUCAUCUCUGGAGAUGGUCUAUUGCUGAAAAGAGAGGAGAAGAAGCUUGAGCUAUGGAGAGAAGAUGAUCACAUCCCAAACGGAAGAUUCUCAGACACGAACAACAAACUAGAUGUUGAGAGAAACGAGGAAAAACCUUAUGGUCUGUUGAAUCCUGGCAUGAAGACUCCAGAGGUAGAAACCGGUUUAGGACUCGGUUUGGCUUCUUGCUCGAUGGUUAAUGGAGGAAGAAGUAAAGGGAUUGGCUUUACCUCUAACGUCUCUGUGCCACAGCCACCACCAUAUCUUCAGCAGCAAGCGUUGUUGCGGAAGCAAAGAAGGUGUUGGACUCCUGAGUUGCAUCGCCGUUUUGUUGAUGCAUUGCAACAGCUCGGUGGUCCUGGAGUUGCAACUCCUAAGCAAAUUAGAGAGCAUAUGCAAGAAGAAGGCUUAACCAAUGAUGAAGUGAAGAGUCAUUUACAGAAGUACCGGUUACAUAUCAGGAAGUCUAAUUCAAAUCCGGAGAAACAAUCAGUAGUUGUUUUAGGGUUUAAUCUGUGGAAUUCAUCAUCACAAGAUGAAGAAGAAGGAGGAGAAUCAUCAAAGAGAAGCAACUCGCAGUCAGAUUCUCCCCAAGGUCCAUUGCACUUACCUUGUACAACAACUACUACUACAGGUGGAGAUAGUAGCAUGGAAGAUACUGAAGAUGCUAAAUCAGAGAGCUUUCAGAUUGGGAGAGAUUAAAAUCUCCAUAAAUCUCAAAAUCAAGAACCAAUUUCUUGAUUUUAGUUUUUGUUACUUAAGAUUCACUUCACUACUAUUGCUAGUAGUAGUGAAUGAGAACAAUAAUUAUAGAAAGGAUAUAUAAAGAAAGUGAGAGAGCAAAAGAGUGAGGAUGGUUCAAAUUUUUUUUGUGUACGGCAUUUUUGGUUGGGUUUUAAUUGAGGUAUUACGCUUGUAAUAAUCUUUUUUUUUGUUUCAUCAUAUUAUUUUUGUUUAUAUAUAUUAUUAGUUGCAUGCUGGGAUUUCUGCAUUUGGGAAGCAUAAUAAUAGAACUAGGAGGGACAUAGGCAUGUGUUGUUUUUUAUUCAGAUUCAUAUAUGCCUUCGACCGAAAGAUAUGCUUUGAAUUUUGUUUAUUUCUUUUUAAAUGUGGUUUAAAAUUAUGUUUUUCAACGUUCCCCUAAUCAUGGCGUCGUUCGUUCAUUCAAUCAACUAGAUAAGUAUUUAACGUUUUUCUUUUUCUUUUUUUUGAUAAAGGGUUUGUAUAUAACGUUUUUAAAGGGUGGACAAUUAGCUAGAGCAGCGGGUGCUGUAGCGAAACUGAUUGCAAAAGAGGGGAAAUCGGCCACAUUAUUUAGCAUGGUUGAUAAAGAUUAAUGGAUUUCUUGAAGCUCAAGAAAACUAGUUACUGUUUCCACUUUCAAAAAAUCUUUGGCCAGUGCAUUCUCUUGGAGUACAGUUCAAACGAACUAACACAUCUCAAAGUACACUAACCAAGAUUCCAAAAUGUAUAGAUACUAAGGGCAAAAGUUGCCGAGAUUAUUAUAUCACCUUUUUUUAAAUGAAUGUUAAAUUUUAUUCAAUAAAAAAAUCCCUUUGAUUUACAUCAUUAUAAUACUGCACACGAAAGAAAGAUUUUAUAUAUAAAUUUCUGAGCUAAGCUCAUCUAUAGACUUUAGGCUGGUCUUGUUGAGAACCAGAAACUAAGGCCAUCCUCCAACUGUGCGUGAUCCAUUCUUUGAACUGAUGCAAACCUGUUUAUAAUUUUCCUCUCCAUGAUUCUGAUCAGUGUUGUAGUAGUCAAAGGCUUUUCACCAUGUCUUUUCCUCUCCAUGAUUCUAGGAUCCAUGAAUGAUUGUUUGAAAUAUAUAUCUCAACGUGAAAAGCUUUGUAUUGUUCCGACCAGUAGAUAUCAACUCUACUAUCUCACUCCAACUACACGUGAAAGUAUUACCCAUUACUCCUUUUGCAAGAUUCUCCCACACUGCUGCUGAGAAUCUGCAUUCAAAGAAUAGGUGAUUCCUGGUUUCCAAUGGAUCAUCACAUAAAGAGCAGGCAGAAUUAGUAGAUCCUCCCCACUUCAACAUCUGAUCACCAGUGGAUAGUCUAUUCCGAGUAGCUAUCCAAGUGAGAAAAGCAAAUUUUGGUGUUGCAAAUCAAAACCAUAUCCCUUUUCUCCAAGCACACUUAGUUCCUUGCUCUCAGCAAUUCCCAAGUUGACUUCGUUGAAGUUUUGUUUUUGAACUUAUCAUCCUUGCUUCUCCACAUACUAAUAUCUUCCUCUGUUGAUGCUUCAUCCUUCCACUUUUUCAUUUUCAACCUGAUUGAGUAUUGAGUUUCGAUGUCUCCUUCUACGAUGGGUGGCUCCAUCUUCCACCAUAACAUAUUUCCAAAUACCCAUAUCAAUAUAGCCUCCCGUUCCAAUAACAUCCAAAAGACAACCCAACGAAGACCAUUUAUCCUGCCAAAGUGAGGUUGAUUUCCCAUUCCUCACUUGCACUUGAUAAAACUGCUUUGCCAUUUCUCUAUAUUUCAAGAUUUUCCCCCACAUCCACGAGCCAGCCUGAGUUUCAUCCCUUACUGUCCAAAGAGAACCCUUACGGAUCAGAUAAACUUGAAUCCAUCUCACCCAUAAUGAUUUCUUUGAAGACAGAAGUCUCCAAAUUAGCUUCAGGAUGCAUACAUUAUUCAUCUCUUUUAAGGUUCUAAUGCCUAAUCCCCCUUCAUCCUUUGGUUUACAUACAUCAACCCAAGCAAUCUUAGCUUUCUUAGUGGUCAAAGAAGGCCCUGACCACAAGAAAUCAGAACAUAAUCUUUCAAUCUCGUUAAGACAAGAUGCAUGAAGCCUAAAGGCAGCUAACCAGAAAUUCGCCAAACUCGUUAUUACUGAAUGAAUGAGCUGCAUUCUUCCCGCAAAGGGAAGAAACCUUCCCGUGCACGAGCUUAUCCUUGAUCUGAUCUUUUCUAUGAGAGGAAGAUAGUCAUUCACCGUCAUCUUUCUUGUCUCACAGGAAGAUUUACAGACUCAAAAGGAAAGGCAGAUAGCUCAUCUAUAUUUUGCUGAGUUACUCCUGCCAUAAGAAAUCUGAUCCGGUUCUUGAUUCUCAUAAAAGACCAAAGAAAUUGGAUUUUUGGAUUGAUUUCAUUGACCAGAAAAGCAUGAACAAGCCAAGCAGCUAGUGAUUAUCAGUCUAUAAGUCAUAGAAUCAUGCUCUGUCAUUGUUCCACAUUUGGCAAUCUCUGGUAUCCUCUUUACCCCGAAAAAACUGUGCUGCCGAAAGUACAUAAACCAUCUGAAGGAAUUUUCAUUAUAGCAAGAUCACUUGAUUUAUUAUAUGAUUUAUUCUAUGAGAGAAACUAUCAAAGACGUGUAUUUACUGCCAUUGAGUCACUUCCUCGACCCUCUAAUCCAGAGUGAUGUGCAUUGUAUGUAUGGUGGCUCAAUAUUCUCAAAGCGGGUUGUUCUUGCUCAAUAUAUGAAGAAAAAAUGAUACACUAUAUAAAGAGAUCCAUAAGCGUGUUUGUUUCUCUUCAUGUUUUAUAUUGACAAGUGUAGCAGUCUUUUCUACUCUGUGGAGGUAAGGAUCCGUUUUUAUAAAGAUUUGAGUAUCACAAAUGGGAAGUUCACUAACCAAAAUCAUAGACUUUGAUGCCAUUGACAAAUACUUCUGGUAGACUUCCAUUGAUGUGAUUAUCAGUUAAGCAAGGGUCAGAAGACUCAGAACCGAAACACUGCACAAGUAAUCCAUUCAAGUUUAGAACCUCAAAAGAAGAGCAACCGCCGUGAAUGAUUGUAGAGAAUCGACCUUGGCUUUCUCUUUGUAAUAAUCGAAUCAAAAUGGAACCGAUAUGUUUGGCAAGUCUAACUCCAAACCGGAGUAAACUCAAUAUCACUAUGAAUCGAAAAGAUUACAAGCCUCGCACUAGUUGCGUGUUCUAUGAGAGAUUAUUGUUUCUGUGUUGUAUCUAACAAGAAGAGAUGAGACCCCUAUUUAUACAAGUAGAUCAUAGGUUCUCUUAGAUAGAAAAAAGGAAAAAACGAUUUGAUCCUAGAACUAAAAGGAAAUUUCCUUUUUUUAGACUAAUAUCUUGAUGUCUUGUUUUCAGGUCCAAAACCGAAGCCCAUGAUAAGCCCACCAGAUGGCCCAAGAGGCACCAAAGCCUCACAUUCUCCACCUUGACUCUUUGGGACAUUUCAUCGACUUCUCCGUCUCUCUUAUUCUUCCUUUGGCGAAGAGAAGCUUCGACGAUCUCACCGAUCGUCUUCUCCGACGACCGUUCCUCGACGCCGCUUCACCGGAGUUGCAUGCUAUCUCCGAUCCUUGCUUCUCUCUCUCGCCCCCGCUGUAACCUCUCUCUCUCUCCGAUUCCCUGUGAACCGAACACGAACACGACUUCGCCGCCGUUCGUCUUCACCUGCGAUAGUUUCCACCGCUUCCGCCAUUAAUAUCUCAGCUUAUGCUUUUGAUGAAUCCAUCCAGACCUUUAACCUUCGUGAUUUUCCAGUGGCAAAAUUCCUUUUGCUUACCUCACGAUACCUUUGAAAACUAAACCAGACUCGUCAAAGACCAAAGCUCAUGGUGUUGACGUCUCUUCACCAUCGUCACUUCCGUAAGCUUUGUUGCAAACGCUUCCUUGCCGCAACCACACGUCUUCAGGUUCCUUAUAUAGACGACUCAUGUCUACAACCACCAUUCUUCAAAGGUAAACUUCUGAAUUCAUCUUUUCAAGCUUUAAUAACUCCCUGUCGAACCAUCAAUUUGCUUUUCCUGAAACUGAUAUUUUAUUUUGUGGCCUUUCCGCGAGGUGAACGAGUCGACAGCCUUGUCACCUGCAGCCACACGAGACCUACUAAGGCAGAACCUUGAGGAUCUCCAAGCAUGUCUCAAACUUCUGUCCAGGUUGUCGCAACACGCCGCUCCGUCAAGCUUCAAUCACCAACGAGCCGAGUAUUCUUCACCACACCAGAUAAGAAUUCUCCUUGCUUGUUUAUUGAAUCUUGACUUCGAAUCUCUGUACUUGGAUCUAGUUUAGCCUAAGCUCUGAUACCACUUGUAGAGAAUCGACUUUGGCUUUCUCUUUGUAAUAAUCGAAUCAAAACGGAACUGAUAUGUUUGGCAAGUCUAACUCCAAACCGGAGUAAACUCAAUAUCACUAUGAAUCGAAAAGAUUACAAGCCUCGCACUAGUUGCGUGUUCUAUGAGAGAUUAUUGUUUCUGUGUUGUAUCUAACAAGAAGAGAUGAGACCUCUAUUUAUACAAGUAGAUCAUAGGUUCUCCUAGAUAGAAAAAAGGAAAAAACGAUUUGAUCCUAGAACUAAAAGGAAAUUUUCUUUUUUAGACUAAUAUCUUGAUGUCUUGUUUUCAGGUCCAAAACCGAAGCCCAUGAUAAGCCCACCAGAUGGCCCAAGAGGCACCAAAGCCUCACAAUGAUGUUAACGACCAUAUGGAAUUAUAUUUAAUUAGUUUUCUUCGGUGGUAAAAACCAAAUUUGUUAUAUGUACGUUCUUGGGCUUUUAAAAAAAAUGAGAGCUAUGUUUGAAACUUUAUAAUCACAAAAUGUAUACCAAUAUAUAAAAGGGAAUGAGCGAGGUUUUUUAAGCUGUC